UUGUUUUUUUUACGCAAAUGGCAGCUGACAAUGCAAGCAAAUACACAAGCCUAAAGAUUCCAUGUAAACAGCUAAAUAGAAAAAUAAAAAAAAGUAACGUGUGUGAUUUGUGAGCAACAUUAAUAAAUAAACUAUUUUUAUUUCACUUGAACUUAUGAUUGCAUGAUUGCAGUAAACCUCUCAUGAGGGUAAAUAUAUUGUCAAUACCAAAAUCAAUUAACUGCAAAUGGUUAGAAAAAGUACAAGUGGUGGAAUUAAUUCCAUAGGGAAGGGAGGAGCGAAUAUGCCCACAAAUGAAGAAUGUGGAAUUCGUGAUGUUUGGGGUCAUAAUUUGGAGGAAGAAUUUCGUACAAUUCGUCAAGUUGUACAAAAAUAUCAGUACAUAGCAAUGGACACUGAAUUUCCUGGUGUUGUUGCAAGACCAAUAGGUGAAUUUAGAACAAGUGCUGAUUAUCAGUAUCAAUUGUUACGUUGCAAUGUUGAUUUACUAAGAAUUAUACAAUUGGGAUUGACAUUUCUUGAUGAAUCUGGUAAUACACCUGGUGAAAGUUACAAAACAUGGCAGUUUAAUUUUAAAUUUAACUUGCAAGAAGACAUGUAUGCACAGGACAGUAUAGACAUGUUACAAAACAGUGGUAUACAAUUUAAAAAACACGAGGAAGAAGGUAUUGACCCACUUGAUUUUGCUGAAUUACUUAUGACAUCUGGUAUUGUUCUUAUGGAUGAUAUUAAAUGGCUGUCAUUUCAUUCUGGUUAUGAUUUUGGAUAUCUGCUUAAAUUACUUACUGAUCAAAAUUUACCACAAGAAGAGAGUGAAUUUUUCGAGUUACUCAGGAUAUAUUUUCCAACUAUUUAUGAUGUCAAAUAUCUUAUGAAAUCAUGUAAAAACUUGAAAGGUGGUCUUCAAGAAGUUGCUGAACAACUUGAACUUCAACGUGUUGGUCCACAGCAUCAAGCUGGUUCUGAUUCACUUUUAACAGGAAUGGUUUUCUUUAAAAUGCGAGAGAUGUUUUUCGAGGAUAAUAUUGAUGAUGCCAAAUACUGUGGGCAUUUGUAUGGUCUUGGUACAUCAUUCGUUGUUAAUGGAUCAGGUGGUUAUCUUGAAAGCAAUGGAGAUAAUUCCUCAUCAUCGUAAUAAGAAAAUGAUAAAUAAAGUAGACAACUCGAAGAAUAUUUUAUUUCAUAUAAAAAGAAGAAAAAAAUAAUAAAUAUUUAUAAAAUAAUAGUGUUCAUUUUCUUUUUUUUUAAUGAAAUAAAAUCAUGUAAAAUUGUUGUGUGAAAAAAUGAAAUGAAAUUUCAUUUAAAUUUAAAAGAAAACUAUAAUUUUGACUUUGAAAAAAAAAAGUAAAACAAAUUAAUUAAUAAAAACAUAAAAAUAUAGAAUUUUAAAAUAAAAAAUGUGUUUAGUUAACCAGCUUUAGAAUUAAGUCAUUUAACUUCAAAAUCACGUUGUUAUGUAUGUCAUUGUUCUAAUGUUCUAAUGGUCAUUGACCCUUUUUUUUUUUUUGCCAUUAUUAAUUCAUUUUUAACACUCUUCAAUGAUUACUUCAACUGUUAGCUAUGAAUUACUAUAUUUAAAAAACAUUUGACACAAAAAAAAUGAAAUUAUAAUCAUCAUGUCUCUUAUAAAUAAAAUAAUUGGAAUUUAAUAAAAUAUGUUUAUACAAAAACAACACCAUAAUUAUUAAUCACUUUUUAGUUGAAUUUUUUUUUUUAAAAUAAAUCAAAGAUGAAAUAUUUUGAAUUGUUAAUCUAUUUUCUUUUUUAAAGUUGAAUUUAUUUUCGAAAUUUGCACGACAUAUUUUUAUGGGAAAU